CGGGGGCGGGCGGGCGCGAUGGACUGGCGCGAGAAGCUGUUCGGGCGGUCGCUGGUGUCGUGCGCGGGCAGCUCGGGCGGGCAGUGGGAGCUGGUGCCGACGACGCGGGCGCUGGCGGAUUGCGCGGAGCGGGGGGAGGAGGGCGCGGUGUGCGGCAUCUACUUCAGCUUCGCCAACAUCAGCGACGAGAGCGACGACUUCGGGCCGCGGCUGCUGGCGGUGGCGGCGCGCGAGCCUCGCCUGCGCGUGGUGCAGGUGGUGCUGUGGGCGCACGUGGGCACGCCGGAGGGCCCGCAGGAGCGCGAGGCGGGGUUCAGGCGGGCGCUCGCCGGCAAGCCCUGGUUCGCGGUGCCCUUCCACGACGUUGACACCAAGCGUCGUCUAACCCUCAAGUACAGCAUCGCGGUGGGGGUGCCGACGUUGGUGGUGCGGGGCCGCGCGGUCCGGGACGCGCUGCUGGCGGACCCCGAGGGCGAGCGGUUCCCGUGGCCGGCGCCGCCGCUGCGCGACGUGAUGCGCGGUGUGGUGCUGCAGGGACCCAACCCCACCACCUACGAUGACCUGCCCGAUGAUGCGCUGAGGGUCUUCUACUUCGCUGCGCAUUGGUGUCCACCGUGUCGGUCGUUCGCGCCGAGUCUGUGCAGCACGCUGGCGGCGGUGCGGCGGCGCCGCGCCAAGUUCGCCAGCACGCAGCUCAUACUCGUCUCCAGCGACAGGUCAGAACAAUCGUUCGCUCGCACGCUCGGCUCGGUAUCGAGUGCGGGGGCGCUGGCUGUGCCGUGGUCGGCUCACGAGGCCCGCGCCGCGAUGCCGGCCGCGCUCGGCGUCGCGGGCAUACCGGCGCUGGUCAUCACCGACGCCGCGGGCACCGUGCUCACCGCCGGCGGCCGACAGCAUCUCGCGGCGGAUCCGCUUGGACUGAACUUCCCGUGGGCGCAGCGGCCGGUGACGGUGCUGACGGAGCAGGCGCUGCUGAAGAUGGCGCGCCACCCCGCCGUCAUACUCUUCGUCGAUGACGAGGACUCGGAACUGGAAUUCGCGGAGUCGGUGCUGACUCCCGCGGCGGAGUCGUACUACGAGGAGUGCAGCAUCCAGUACCCGGGCUUCUGCCCCUACCAGAACUCCUCCGACGACGAGACCAUCGACUUCGACUACUCCACCACCAGGAGCCGCAUCAAGAAGAAGAGCUUCAAGCACGUCGUGUUCUACACCGGCGUGGACGGCACCGAGUCGGCCGACAUGCUGCGCGAACAUAUAGGUCUAGACGACGCGGCGCCGCUGCUGACGGCGGUGGACUUUCCGCGGCGGCGCGCCACGACCAUGCGCUACGGCGACGAGAUCACCACCACCUCCGUGCAGAAUUUCGUCGACGCCUUCCUCAGCGGCACCGCCGACUUCAAGCCCCUCAAGCCCUAUAGUGACAAGUGUUGAGAACCUCUAGUGUAAUGGUAGUGAUUAGCGAACGCACUGCGGGCCCCGGAGACCCGAGCAGGCCAGUAAAACAUCAGUUACCGCGACGGUACAUAUUAUUAUUUAUUAUAGUCCGUUCAGACUAGUGGCUGAGCUAUAACAGCUGUAGUCUGAAGCUUUAUGUGAGGAUAUUACUUUUGUCGUAAUAAGGCUGAGACCUACUAGAAAAUUCUGGAGUACCGGGAAAGUUUACAGAACUGUAUUAAAAGCUUUAAAAUCAACCGUCGAAUCGAAGGUCAAAACAAUUUGACGUUCGAGUGUUUGAUUUCAGCUCCAUAAGAAAUCCCGAGAUUCCGGUCGGAAUUUCCGACCCAUGUAGUCCGAGCCUUAACUAAACUGAAACAAAAAUUGUCUAUGGACUAUGACUAACUUGAUCAAUCGUUUAUUAUUAUAAACCGAUACAUCGAGUAUUUAUUGUUAUCAAUAUUUCAUUUCUUUAAGUACCUACCACAAUGUAUGGUUAAGACAUAACAACGGGACACCUGAUUUAUUGUAAACCUUGGUAAAAAUGAAUAAUUUUUGUUAAUUUGAUUAUCUGGUAAAAUAAAGACCACUUAA